GUCAUCUUGUCGACGCGCAGUGAAAGCAUCAAGACUCGUAAUGAACCUCCCGAAAGAGUACAAGAAGCUGGUUUGUGUCAAGCUAACCUCCAACUUCAGAGAAGCCGUGUCCGUCGUCACAGAACCCACAGCAAAACUGGACCGCAACGAAAUCUUUCUGAAAACCAAGUACGUAGGCGUCAACGCUACGGACGUAAACGCCACUGUGGCAAGGUACGGGCCAGCGACUCCGCCGUUCGACGUCGGCUUCGAGUCUGUGGGCGAAGUGGUCGCCGUCGGCGACGACGUCAAGCACCUCAGCGUCGGCAGCGCGGUGGCCACAAUCAACGUCCCCGGACUGGGAGCUUACUCCGAGUACCAACGCGUCCUAGCCUCGAAGGUGUUUCCGAUUCCGCGAGCUGUGCCGGAGGUGAUACCACUUCUCAUCAGCGGACUGACGGCUGCGAUUGGCUUGGACGAGCAGGGAAGAAUAAAAGAGGGCGAAACCGUUCUGAUAACCGCAGCAGCCGGUGGGCUGGGACACCUUGCCGUGCAGUGGGCCAAGGCAAGAAAAUGCCAUGUCAUCGGCACGUGCUCCUCGUCGGUCAAGGAGGAGUACCUCAAGACCAUCGGUUGCGACAAGGUCAUCAAUUACAAGAAGCACGACCUAGGUGCUGAACUAAAGGAGGCCUACCCGGAGGGUCUGGACGUCGUCUGGGAGACCAUCGGAGGCAAGACGUUCGAGCUCCUCCUGGACAGGCUGAGCAACAGGGGAAGGCUAGUGGUGGUGGGCACCAUUUCGGGGUACCAGAGUGGCGACAAGGCCUUCCCGCAUGUGCACCUCAGAAACCUGCCUUCUAUGCUGCUAAACCGUUCUGCCAGCGUGAGCGGAUUUCACCUCUCGCAUUACCAUCACCUGAUUCCAGAGUAUAUGGUCAAGCUGAACAAGAUGAUGCAUGAUGGCUCCAUCGUGCCCAGAGUGGACUUCGGACUCAACGCAGAAGGUGGCGAGUUGAAGGGAGUCGACGGUUGCGUUCGGGGCGUCGAGUACCUUCACUCCGGUAAGAGUGUCGGCAAGGUGGUUGUGAAGAUGGACGAAGCCACCUAGCUUUUUAUUGCCUCGAAAAGAAAACAAGUCCGUCAUUUUCGAGGUGGUGAUCCUUCAAGGCUCAACUUCAGUACUCUCGUCGUAUGUUAAAAAUUAUAUUGUCUUCUAUAUACAAAAUUGACACUAAAUUUGUGACGACGGAUUAAUAUAUUUACGUGGAAUUCAUGAGUGUUCAAAAUGAGUGAUGUAAAUCAAGUCUGUCAAUAUUAUUUUUUAUUUUAUGGUCAAUGUCUCUCAAUAUUGUUCGUGCAAUAUUUUUUUUUUUCAAUUGUCGUGUCACAUUGCUUUUUAAAGAUGUUCUUCAAGUGACGAAAGGGAUAUUAUUCUACUUAGUUUAUCAGCCCUUCAUUAUUCCCAGUUUAUAUUAUUUGCUCGUAUAUUUCUAUUCUAUUCGAGUACAUCUGAAACGAACUACGGUAGGUUUGGCGACCUAGUGAAGUCUGAUAUAUUUUUGUACAUAUAUUGAGCAGAAUAAAUAAACUUUUUCUUCGUUAUUUUGUGUGUGUGUAUGUGUGUGUG